CUUCUGACUCCCAGAUCUUCAUGCAACAUCUCCGCUCUGUUGUUGUUCGUGCUGCGUGCACCCAACUCCGCCGCCCUGUGGCUGUAGCCGCCGUCCGCUCGUUUCCCCAAGCGUCGCAAGCCUUGGUCCAACCGGCCAUGAGCGUGCGCUUCGCUUCGUCUCGCCGUGGACCUUUGGUCCCCACUGCCGACGACGACGACGAAGACGACGACGACUUUGACUACGGUGACUACUUUGACGGUGAUGACGAGGACGACGAGGACAACAAGGUCAAGUACCCUGCUGCCAAGGCGUUCGUUGGCAAGCCCGCUCCUUCGUUCACUGCCCCUGCCGUCGUCCGUGGCGACAUCAGCGAAAUUUCGCUCUCGGACUACCUCGGCAAGUACGUCGUGUUGUUCUUCUACCCCAAGGACUUCACGUACGUAUGCCCGACGGAAAUCAUUGCCUUCAAUGAUCGUGCCAAGGAGUUCGAAGCCGUGGGUGCUCAAUUGAUCGCCGCGUCGACGGACACCCCCGAAGUCCACUUGGCGUGGACCCGCACCCCCCGCAACGUGGGUGGCUUGGGCAAGAUGAAGAUUCCUAUUGUGGCUGAUGUCACGAAGGUCAUCUCUGCCAAGUACGGCACGUUGGGCGAGUCCAACGGGUUCCCUUACCGUGGUUUGUUCAUCAUCGACGGCGAAGGCAUCCUGCAAAGCUACACGAUCAACAACAACCCCGUGGGCCGCAGCGUGGACGAAGCUUUGCGCUUGGUCAAGGCCUUCCAGUUCGUGGAAGAACAUGGCGAAGUGUGCCCUGCCAACUGGCAACCCGGCCAGGCCACGAUUGUGACCAACCCCAAGGACUCGCAAGAGUACUUUAAGAACGUCAAAUAAGCCAUCGAUCGCUAACACGUUGUGUCCUGUUCGCGCUAUUUUGUUAUCCAAAUAGCGUCGAGCUACCUACUGGUACUUGUA